CCGUAAGGCGCUGAGGGAGCCUCCAGGCGGUGCUACCCCCAACCUCCCACCUCCCUGCGCUCCGCCCCGAGGUUGGGGCUUUGGAAGAUGCAGCCGGGAGAAACAUUAACUUCUGGGCUACAUCCAGAAUAGCAUCAUCUACAUGGGCAUUCCCUCCUACAAUUUCAGAAAACCUUUGGUAAUUAAUUGAUAAAAUGCAGACGAUCUUGCAAACAGAUGAAGUUACCAAUACCGAAGCUCUUAGAAAAGGAAAGAGGAAAAGGACGGAGACAAUGGACUCAGAGAAUGCAAAUAAUGAUAUGGAUAAAGGACAGAGAGACCCAUAUUCGGGGAAUGCCUUUUUGCCCGGUGAGAGCUCCAGCGAGGAUGAAGAGCCUUUAGAAGAAUUGUCGAAGGAGCAAUUGUGCACAAAAAUAAAAAGCCUGAAACAAAAACUAACAAACACCCGGAAAGAGAACAGCCGACUUCGACAGUCCUUGGUCAUGCUUCAAGUGUUACCACAGGCAGUUACCCAAUUUGAAGAAUUGGUUGGUAUGGCGGAGGCCGUGCUUAAGGGUGGAGGAACCAUGUCUACAUCUGCAUCCACUCUCUGGAGAGCAACAAACAACUCCUCACCAGAUUCAUUCGCCUCAAUGUGCAGCAACUCUAAUUCUAAUUCCAGUUCACCAAUUUCCUUGAAAGCUGAAGAAGAGCAUCAUACUGAUGAGAAGCAGUUCAAAAUUGAAAAAUGGCAGAUUGCCCGUUGUAACAAGAGCAAGCCUCAGAAGUUUAUUAAUGAUUUAAUGCAAGUACUUUACACAAAUGAAUACAUGGCUACACACAGCCUGACAGGUGCAAAAUCCUCUACUUCGAGGGACAAAGCUGUAAAGCCAGCUAUGAAUCAGAAUGAAGUUCAAGAAAUCAUAGGAGUCACAAAACAGUUAUUUCCCAACUCAGAUGAUGUUUCAAUCAGGAGAAUGAUAGGUCAAAAGCUAAACAACUGUACCAAGAAGCCAAAUUUAAGCAAAAAUAUGAACUCUCAGGAUAUUAAGUAAAUCCUUUUGGUAUCUGAAAUAAAACACCUUCAGUUCUAAAUCUAACAUGGAAUUUUGUUGGAGAAUCUGCAACCUCCUUGGCAGUGAGCACAGGGAGACAUAUGCAGUGACAGGCUGUGAGAUAUCUUUAACAUCGCUGGCUCUCCUGAUGGCGCAACAAGCUUGCUGAAGAAGCUGCAUGUACAUUCCACCCUAAAUAUCCAUGAUGCAUCAAACUAGAGAAUUUCGAGCAGUCAAACAAGCAUGCAUUAUGGUUUCUUGGAAAUAUACAUUUUUCUAUCCCCAAAUGCUUCUCUGUACAGCUAACUUAAUAAGAUAAUCAGAACUCUUAUAACAACAAAAGUUUCAACCCCUAAGAUUUGUCAUUGUCCUAAUCGAUUGCUGUACAUUUAUUAUUAUCAACAACAUCCCUUUUAGUUUUCGGAUCUUUAGCAUAAGCACAUGUUUGGAAAAGUACAGUGAAAUAAUCAAUGUUCACAAACAUAAAAGCAGCAAAGUCAGCCUAAAAUCUGACAAUAAUCUUAUCUAACCAAGUAAUAGUGUUUUAGCAAUUAAAUUACAGGAUAAUUCUGUUUCUUAAAAUGUAUAAAAUAAAAAUCAAAAAAAUGAAAGC